AUGGAUGUUGCCAACGACUUGAUGAAGGAGAUGAAGGAAGAGUUAAAGAGUGCGAAGGAGGAAACCCGACGCCUUCACGAAGAAAACGAGAAGCUGCGCAACACUGUAGAAGACCUGGAAGUUCGUAUGAGAGACAUAGAACAAUAUUCAAGGAUCUCAAACAUCGAGAUUAGCGGUGUUCCUGAGUCCCGAAACGAAAACCUGGAUACUCUGCUGUCGGACGUUGCCAGGGCCAUUGGUGUUGAGUUGAAGGAGGAGUCUGUAGAGGCGGCGCAUCGGGUCCCCAGCUACAACAAGAAGCGAGCGGCUCCCAUUGUUGUGAAGUUCAAGUCCCGGCGAGACAAGGAGGCUUGGAUCAGCGGCUUCAAGGCGACACGACCCCUGACAGCUGACAGAAUCAACCCCAUGUUGCCGAAGGAGAAGGUGUUUGUUAACGAGCACCUUUCACCUGCCAACAAGAAACUUCUCUCCAAGACCAAGGAGGCUGCAAGGGACGAAGGAUACAAGUUCGUGUGGACCAGAGAUGGCAAGAUCUUCGCACGAAAGGACGUCGGCCACAGAGUCAUCAAGAUCAUCAGUGAGGCAAGUCUUAAGAGACAUAUGGAUUUAUCCGCAUCUGAGCCCCGCACACUCCUGAAUGAAUCCUUUGCGGAAGCAGUGAAAUGCCGCUCACCGGUGCGACAAGUCGGCCCAUCAAGCACCAUCACAGACACAACGGAGCAAAAAAACUGA